AUGCGGGAUGAGCCAUGUCACUCAGGAAAGAUGCCAGCCAGCAGAGUCGAAGGCAGGAGUAGGGCGCGAUCUCAGGGUGGUCCAAUGAGGAAAACCCACGAAAGACGGUUAGAUACAUCUCCUUAUACAUCACCUUAUUUAAGCCCUCCUACUGAUACCGGGUGGAGACGAACGAAUAGUGAUUCUGCGUUACACCAAAGUACAAUGCAGGGAAUGAUGGAUAGAAGUAAUGAUUGUUCGAAUAGAGGCUGGCCUAUACCAAUCAUGAAUGGUCCUGAUAGGAAUCACCAAGAUAGAAGACCAAGAUCUAGUUGUGACAUACCAUCAGCUUCUCGAGUACCUGGAAUUAGUAUACAUCCGUCAGCACACGAUCCUAGUAUAAUUCAAAUACCAAUAGCAAACACUGGCUCUCUGCCUGAUUUGACAAAUGUCGAUUUUUCUUCACCAAUUCACGCACCACUUGAUCAAGACCACGAUAGCUCUCCAUAUGGUUCUGUAAGCAUAUAUUUUUAUAAUAAAUAUAUUAGUAAUUAUGUUUUUAUUAAAACUAGAAACUUAACUUUACAAAAAGAGUUACAGCAAGCUGGUCCUUAUAGAAGUCCAAGACCAAGUCCGCAAUCUUCACCUAGUCCCGGUAGGCAUUCAGCGCCUUGUAGUCCUGGAGCUACUAGUCCGUUACCGAAUGAAUACCACAUACUCAAUCAACAAACUUCACAAUUUCAACAACAUUUCGAACAGUUAUCGAUGUUGGAUCAACCAAACAAUAUUUCUUACGUUGACCAGUCAACGGGUGCUCAACAAACGACGCAGCCACACUCACCUUCGAACAUACCAAAUGCCAGCCCAAAUAAUAACAUAGAAGUGAGUACGGACGCGGGUUAUUAUAGUACAUCACCGCAACAAUUAGUGUAUCCGUCGCCCUCGCCUGGAUUACGAACAACGCCAAAUACUCCUACAAGUCUGCCUGAAAUCAUACUCACAGAUUUUUCAGGUGACGAUGGAUCUAGGCAGUUGCCGACAGACUUUUUCUCGGACGAAUCGUUAAAAGAAGGUUUAGGAACGUUGGAUUUUGAUGAAUUCCAGAUACUAACAAACCCAUCAAUAGGCAUAUCUGAAAUUGUCGAAGAUAAUUUUAGGUUAGACCAUCGCUCAUAA